GCGCCUCCACGGACGGCGAACCGUGGCGGAGAUGGAAGCGAGCCUGUUGCGCCAGUGCCCGCUGCUUCUGCCUCAGAACCGGGCGAAAACCGUGUACGAAGGAUUCAUUUCAGUUCAGGGACGAGAUUUUCACCUUAGAAUAGAGUUGCCUGAAGAUUUACAAAUGAAGAAUGCAAGAUUAUUAUGUAGUUGGCAACUGAAAACAAUACUUAAUGGAUACCAUCAAAUAGUACAACAGAGAAUGCAGCACUCUCCUGAUCUAAUGAGCUUUCUGAUGGAGUUGAAGAUGGUUUUGGAAGUUGCUUUAAAGAAGAAACAGGAGUUGUGUCCACCACCUCCUCCUCCCCAGUUCUACUCAAGCCUUAUUGAAGAGAUAGGAAUUCUUGGUUGGGACAAACUUGUAUUUGUGGAUACUUGUCUCAGUACCAUCAAGUUAAAAGCUGAAGAUGCUUCUGGUAGAAAACAUUUAAUUACUCUCAAGUUGAAGGCAAAGUACCCUGCAGAAUCACCAGAUUGUUUUGUGGAUUUUCCUGUUCCAUUUUCUGUUUCUUGGACACCACAGAGCUCUUUAAUAAGCAUUUACGGUCAGUUUUUGGCAGCCUUAGAAUCACUGAAAGCAUUCUGGGAUGUUACAGAUGAAAUCGACGAGAAGACUUGGGUACUGGAGCCAGAAAAACCUACACGGAGUGCAACAGCACGCAGGAUUGCACUGGGGAAUAAUGCUUCAAUACAUAUAGAGGUUGACCCCAAGCAUCCUACUAUGCUUCCUGAGUGCUGCUUUCUUGGAGCUGACCAUGUGGUAAAACCUCUUGGAAUUAAGCUGAGCAGGAACAUACAUUUGUGGGAUCCAGAAAAUAGUCUGUUACAAAAUUUGAAAGAUGUUUUAGAAAUAGAUUUUCCAGCUCGCACUAACCUGGAAAAAUCUGAUUUUUCUAUGGAUUGUGGCAUUUGUUAUUCAUAUCAACUUGAUGGUGCCAUUCCUGAUCAAGUGUGUGAUAAUCCUCAAUGUGCACAGCCUUUCCAUCAAAUAUGCUUAUAUGAGUGGUUGAGAGGACUGUUGACUAGUAGACAGAGUUUUAACAUCAUAUUUGGUGAAUGCCCAUAUUGUAGUAAGCCAAUUACCUUGAAAAUGUCUGGGAGGAAAUCCUAAAAUAAGAAUGUAACAUUUCUGUGAAGAACUGGCAGCCUUAAGAAUUAUCAAAAGGAUUUUAUUUGAUAUCUUCAGAGAAAGUAUAAAGUAAGACCUACUAAAAUCAAAAGAAAAAGAACGAUAAAGCCAUAAUAAUACACGUCAGUAACUGUCUCUUCACUGAGAGUAGAGUCUCUGACCUCCAUUCCGGUUGGAGAAGUAUAUGUAUACCAAGAUGAAGAUCUUGAAUUGUCGAG